AUCGGCAUUACAGCCAUGCACAUGCAACUCCUCAAAAACGACCGCGUCAUCAUUUUCGACCGCACCGACUUUGGUAAUUCGAACCUGUCCCUACCCGGCGGUAAAUGCCGAACCGUCCCGAAAGACUGCACUGCUCACUCUGCCGAGUAUAGCGUCAUCACCAAUACCUUCCGAGCACUUUUCGUCCAAACAGACGUUUGGUGCUCCUCUGGGGCAGUCAUGCCCGAUGGCCGUCUGAUCCAAACCGGUGGAUUCAACAGUGGUGAACGUAGAGUCAGGACAUUCGUACCCUGCACCGGCUGUGACUGGACAGAGAUACCCAACGGAUUAGCAGCUUCGCGAUGGUACGCCACUAAUCAUAUUCUUCCCGGCGGACGGCAGAUUAUAAUCGGCGGGAGAAAACAGUUUAACUAUGAGUUUUAUCCUAAGAGCAGUGGCGCACCUAAUUUGUAUAGUUUGCCAUUUCUAUCGCAAACCAACGACGCAAACAUAGAGAACAAUCUCUACCCAUUUGUGUUUCUUAACGUUGAUGGGAAUUUAUUCAUCUUCGCAAAUAAUCGAUCUAUUUUGCUCGACUAUGCCGCCAACAAGGUCGUGAAGACGUACCCGGCCAUACCGGGCGGCGAUCCGAGGUGUUAUCCGAGCACUGGCUCGGCAGUGUUGCUUCCACUCAAGAAUCUGCAAGCCUCGUCUGUAGAAGCUGAAGUUCUGGUUUGUGGUGGAGCUCCAAAAGGGGCCUACACCCAAGCCAACAAGGGUAACUUCGUGGAAGCUUUGAACACCUGCGCCAGGAUCAAAAUCACCGACCCAAAUCCCCAGUGGGUCAUGGAGACCAUGCCUAAGGCCAGAAUCAUGGGCGACAUGACUCUGCUUCCAAACGGAAACGUCUUGAUAAUCAACGGCGCAUCGUCAGGGACGGCUGGAUGGGAAAUCGGUCGAAAUCCAGUCUUGAAUCCUGUCAUUUACCGACCUGACAACAAGUUGGGUUCACGUUUCGAGCUACAAAACCCGAGCACGAUACCUCGGAUGUAUCAUUCGUCGGCCAUUUUGCUUCGGGAUGGUCGAGUUCUCGUUGGUGGCAGCAACCCUCAUUCGGGUUACGUAUUCACCAACGUGUUGUACCCUACAGAACUAAGUUUAGAGGCAUUUUAUCCUCCAUAUUUGGACGCACAAUUCUCAAAUUUGCGUCCACAAAUUGUAUCACCCACUUCCCAGACCAAACUUAACCCUGGCAGAAAGCUAGCGGUUCGCUUUUCAGUCGCCGGAGCUCUGGCUCAAAAUCAGGUCUCUGUGACGGUGGUGUCGCCGUCUUUUACCACGCACUCGUUCUCCAUGAAUCAAAGGUUGCUGGUACUUGGUGCGGAGACGGUGACAAAUCUUGGGAAUUCUACGUAUGAAGUUCAGGUUACAACACCGGCCGGCUCGGGCUAUCUUGCACCAUCCGGAUAUUAUCUUCUGUUUGUGGUUCAUCAAGAUAUUCCUAGCGAGGGAAAAUGGGUCAAACUACAGUGA